AGAAAAUAUCUACGCCACCGCCAUACUUUCUUAUCCCUUCAAAGCUCCGUCGUCCCUCUCUUUGACCCCCUCCCUCACCGCCGAAUCCUGAUCAUUCUACUCCGCCGUCGCCGCCGCCACAUGCCAAUUAUUACGCAAGGAAACCUAGAAUCGCCGCCGGAGCGACCGCCUAAGCUGAAUUCGGUUUCGGCUCCAGGGAAGCUCCUUUUCGUUUUCCUCAAAUGCGUCAUCAUGGCCUUCGCACUCUCCCUCUUUCUCCUCUUCCUCGGCUUCGCCGCCGUCAUCCUCGUCCACUUUCUCCUCACCACCACCGCCUUCCGCCGCAGACGCCGUCGUCGAGAUCGCCAUUCUCCCCGAGCAUCAGCGGAAACGUCUCCCCCUCCUGAUCCGAUGGACCGCCUUCCCUGUCUCAGCUACUCCUCUUCUGCCCAUCUGCCCAAGGAUUGUGCAAUUUGUUUGGAUAGCUUCAAGGAGGAUGAACCGUGCAGGAAGCUGCCAGCUUGUGAUCACAUAUUCCAUAUGAAAUGUGUGGAUCAUUGGCUGGGGAAAGUGCUCAAUUGCCCUAUUUGUCGGACCCGGGUCGAAUUGGACUCCAGUGGUUCCAGUUUGAGCAAUGAAGAUUGGAAGACAUGGUGGGUAGUUGGUGUUUGAACAGGGCAAACUAGAUUUUUGGCAUUUAUUUAGUCUUUUCUUUUUUCUUUGUAAAACUUAUCUUCAAAAUCUGUUCUCUUUUUCUAUUUCUCGCUGUUCUUCUUCUUUUUCUGAUAGUAAGUAGCUUUUUUUUGGAUGGGGACAUGUUCAUAAUGUUCUGUUAAAGUUGACAAAACAAAGCCUUCAUGAUGUUCAGCACUGACUGUGUUCCAUUUUCAAUUUCUUGGCUAUGUUGAUGCCUAGUUUGGAGAAACUGAGAAUGUUGGUGAAGAAUAUUUAUGUAUAUCUAGGCUGAUGACAUGUACUGUAAUAUCUGUAAGGAGUACUUAGUACUUGAUGAUCAUGGAGAAGAUGGAGCAGUGCAAUACAUUGACUGAAAUAUU